AGACCGUUAUUUCAGUUAUAGAGAGAAAGAAACAGUGACAGUUAUCAGCUGAACAUAAUACUAACAAUGGUGUCUGAUGAGGACAUAGCUGGAGCUUUGGAAUCUCUAUUCCGUGAACCAAACCCUAACCCUAACCCAACUUUAAUCACCAUUGUUCAACAGCUUCAAUCUAACCUUGGUUAUGACUUAACUCACAAGGUUGAUUUUAUUCGUGCUCAGAUCCAAAACCUCUUUAACCGCCAUCAUUAUCAAACUCAAAAUCACCAUUUUGCCCUCCAUACCCACCACCCCAAUUUCCAAACCCCUAUUUUUAGGUCCUAUGGUCUCCAAGAUUGCUCGUUCUGCCCAUCCCCACCGCCACGUCAUCACCUGCUGCAUUCGGUUUCCAAGACUGAGACUUUCCCUAUUGGUGUUGCCACCACUCAGGCUGCUGUGGUGCCUGCUAAAUCCCCAAAAGAGAGUGGUCCAAGUGGAAAGAAAAGAAGAGGUGGCCCUGGUGGAUUAAACAAACUCUGUGGUGUCUCUCCUGAACUCCAACCCAUUGUUGGCCAGGCAACCUUGCCGAGAACUGAGAUAGUCAAGCAGCUGUGGGCAUACAUAAGGAAACAUAACCUUCAAGAUCCGAAUAACAAAAGGAAGAUUAUUUGCAACGAUGAGCUGCGGUUGGUAUUUGAGACGGAUUGUACUGAUAUGUUCAAGAUGAAUAGACUGCUAGCUAAACAUAUAAUCUCUCUCGAACCUUCAAAGCAGACUGCUAAGAAUCCUAAAAGAGCGAAGACUGGGGAGGAAUCUGGUAGUAAAAGCGAGGAAGCUGUUCCAGUUGUGAUAAUAUCAGAAGCAAUAUCAGAAGCACUUGCAAACUUUUUGGGUACUUCAGAAAGGGAGAUGUCACAAGCAGAAGUUCUGAGGCAGGUCUGGGAGCAUAUAAAGGUGAACCAGCUUGAGGAUCCUUUAAAUGCAAUGGUCAUACAAUGUGACGCAAAACUCCAAGUGCUGCUUGGGUGUGAAAUUAUUUCUGCACUAGGUAUACCUGAGAUGUUGGCAAGACAUCACCUAUUUAAGAAAUCAUGACCGCUGAUCUGACUCGUAAACAUCGGGUACAAGGUGCUGAUGCUAACCUGUUUUGUCUUGACAUCAUCUAACAGUAACACACUUCCUGGAAGAAAAUUCAGCUGCAUUACCUGCUUCACUUGUUCAGAUUUUGUAAAUUUUGCUCAAGAAGGUAACGUAUGGGUAGAAGCUGUUCUAUGGGUUGUUUGCUAAGUUCUAAUCUAUAGCUUAAUUAUGGUCCUGUCAAUAGGGUGGGUGUUCAUAGGUAGUUUACUAACCCCUGUAAAGAUGCAGACCGUAGAAUGAUGGAGAAAUGUAAAGAUGAUUAACAACCUGCCUUCUUGAUAGUAUUAAGGCUGAAACAUAGUAUUAUGUUUUGUUGGUUGUACACUUUGCCUUGUUUAUGUUCUGUAUAUAUAGAAGUCUCAGGUUGUGUUUGCA